AUGCCCAAGUCCAAGAACCACACCACACAACCAAUCCCGAAAAUGGCACAGAAGGGCAUCAAGAAACCCGGUCACAAAGAUAAUGACUCUCUCAAGGGGGUCGACCCCACGUUCCUGAGGAACAUGUGCUUUGCCAAGAAGCACAACAAGAAUGGCAUGAAGAAGAUGCAGGCAAAUAAUGCAAAAGCAAUGAGCGCAUGUGCAGAGGCCGUCAAGAAGCCCCAGGUGGUGAAGCCCAAGAGGCCAAAGGACCCCAGCCGCAAACUCAGCCGUCUCGCUUUCAUUGCUCACCCCGAGCUUGGGAACAGGGCUCGAAGGCUCCAAAAACCAAAUCCCAAGGUUCAAACCAAGGCAGAGGCCUCAGCUCCAGCUCAGGUUCCCAAAGGUUCCCAGGCCCCUGGGAAGGCCUCAUAG